GUUCAAUUUCGUUCAUCGUUUUUCGUUUUUUCGUUGCUUUGCCCAAGAAUCUCCCACCAUGGCGCGUCAACUCAUGAGCGAUAACAUUAUUCUGCUCACCGAUUCGUACAAGAUCGCGCACUACAGGCAGUAUCCCCCCAAGACCACCACCGUCUACUCGUACUUUGAGAGCCGCGGCGGCGACUUCCCAGAGACGGUCUUCUUUGGCCUGCAGUACAUCCUUGAGCGCUACUUGGCUGGCCCGGUCGUCACCCAAGCCAAGAUCGACGAAGCCAAGGAGGUGUUUGCCCUCCACUUUGGCGAUGACAAGCUGUUCAAUGCUGAAGGUUGGGAGUACAUUCUGAAGGAGCAUAACGGCCACCUUCCCAUUCGCAUCAAGGCGGUUCCUGAAGGCACUGUGGUUCCAGUCAAGAACGUGCUCAUCACGAUUGAAAACACCGAUCCGCAAACCUACUGGCUGACCAACUACCUCGAGACGAUUCUUGUCGAGGUUUGGUACCCUCUGACCGUCGCCACCUACUCUCGCGAGCUCAAGAAGAUUAUUGCAGGCUAUCUUUCGGAGACUGCUGAUGACCUCUCUGGCCUGCCAUUCAAGCUGCAUGACUUUGGCUACCGCGGCGUCUCGUCUGUGGAGACUGCUGGCAUUGGCGGCGCGUCCCAUUUGGUCAACUUUAUGGGCACCGACACAAUUGCUGGGUUUAUGCUGGCACGUCAAUACUAUGGCAGCACCAUGGCCGGAUACUCGAUUCCUGCCACGGAGCACUCGACCAUGACCAGCUGGGGCCGUGCAGGGGAGAGCGCUGCAUACAAGAACCUUCUGGAGCAAUUCCCUUCAGGAGUGGUGGCGUGCGUCAGCGACAGCUACGACAUUUUCAACGCGUGCGAGAACAUCUGGGGCAAGGAGCUCAAGGACUUGAUUGUCGAGCGUGGCAAGGACGGCAAGUCCAUUCUUGUCAUUCGCCCCGACUCUGGCGACCCAGCAACGGUGGUUGUCCGAAUUCUGGAGAUUUUUGGCGAGAGGUUUGGUACUACCACCAAUUCCAAGGGCUUCAAAGUGCUGCCGCCCUACAUUCGCAUCAUCCAAGGCGACGGCAUCAGCUACGCCUCGCUCAAGCAAAUUCUGCAGCACAUGAAGGACCACAAGUGGUCGGCCGACAAUGUCGCCUAUGGCAGCGGCGGUGCCCUGCUCCAGCGCCACCACCGUGACACCCAAAAGUGCGCACUCAAGUGCAGCUUUGCCGUCGUCAACGGCGAGAAUGUGAACGUGUUCAAGGACCCCAUCACGGAUCCUGGCAAAAAGUCCAAGACUGGUCGCCUGACACUCGAGCGCACCGAGGACGGCAAGUUUGUGACGCAAGUCGAGAGCAAGGGCGAUCCCGCCAAGGACCUGCUGGUGACCGUGUUUGAGAACGGUGUCAUGGUCAAGCGCUGGACUUUGGAUGAAAUCCGCGAGCGCGCUGCCGUGUAAACAAUGCACGCGUGAAUUACUGCCGUUGGUGUUUUUGAGUUGAAUUCUUUUUAGUUUUAGGUGGUUUUGGCAUGUGUUGUGUGGAAAGAGUUGCUCGGUGUCGAGGAAGAUGAGCGCGAUUGUGUGAAUCAAUGUGUUUGUUUUUUUUGUUGUUGUUUGUUUUUGUUGGUCUUUCAAUGCAACGG